AUGGCUAUGGUGUGUGAAGGGCUCGUGGUGGACCUAAGAAAGCUGGAGGAGCUUUCAUGUCUGGAGGGAAGAGGGAUGGCUAGUCACUACUACCCACCUUGCCCCGAGGCAGAUCGGACAUUUGGCCUCAUUGAUCACACAGAUCCAGGCAUUUUAACUGUUCUGGUUCAAGAUAAUAUUGGUGGGCUUCAGGUGAAGAGUUUGAGGGAUGAGUGUUGGGUUGAUGUGAAACCCAUCCCUGGAGCUCUUGUUGUCAACGUUGGUGAUCUCCUCUAG